AUGGACCGCAGUGAUAACGUGGAAAUAGCAAAGAAGCAGCAAGCCUCUCGUCUGGAAUCCUCUCUACCUGAACCUCGCACCGCAUCAUCCGAUCUGCCGCUUCAAUUGAAACUGGCCCCUCAACCCGUCCAGCGCCUCGCCCGCAUUGCUUCCGCAAUGUCGCACCCCACGCCUGCGACCGUCGCGCCCUGGAAGCGAACCUUUGCAGAACACCUCGAACAAGCCGGUGGCGCUGGCUUCGAAUUUACUCUCGCCACCGUCACGGACUCGGGGUUUCCCAGAGCGCGGACGUGCAUCUUCCGCGGCUUCUGGGCCACGCUGCCGGAGAACGGGUACAAUCAACUGCCCAAAAACCCGCCGAUAUUUGAGAGUGACUGUCCCACGUUCACCACCGAUGCGCGGAUGCGCAAGACCUACGAGCUCUUUGCCACGGGGAGAGGGAAAGGGGAUCUGGCGCAGUCGCGCUCGGGAUCUGGCGGGGGCGGGCCCGUCGAAGCGGUCUACUGGAUCAAAGAUACAAGGACGCAAUGGCGAAUACGGGGCAAAUGCUGGCUCGUUGCGGCUGACGAUGUGGAAGAAGGCACCCCAGAGGCACAGAAUUCCGGCACCGUAUCGGUCAAAGCAGAGGUCGGACGAUACAUGCGCGUGAGGGAGGGAUCACCAGACCACGCGGGAAAGAACCAUCACGACCGGUCCUGGUCCUGGAGAACGGAGGUGGAGAAUUACUUUGAAAACCUGUCGCCCGUCAUGAGGGGCUCGUUCAAGAACCCCCCGCCCGGCCAUCCGCUGUCAGAAGGGAGGGAUGAGCAGGCGGGAGAGGGCCUGGGCCAGAAAGCAGGACAUCUGUCGGAGGAGACUCUGGCGAGGAAGAACUUCCGCGUCGCCAUCAUCACGCCGGAGCAGGUCGAGGCGGUCGACUUGACGGAUCCCACGAAGUGCAGGAGGCAGAUCUGGACUCUGGCCCAGGAGGCAGGUGGCCCUGGCGGGCCCCAGCCAAGUGACUCGAUAGGGGAGUGGAACAAAGUCGAGACGUGGCCGUGA